AUGCUUUACUUCCUCAUAUUCCCAUUAGCUUUGCUGCUAAACAGCGUGGCAGCCUGGGUGUCCUUGCACCUCAAAUCCGCCACCACUUUCAUUGUGUACUUGAAAAAUCUUGUAGCUGCUGACCUUAUCAUGACUGUGAUCGUGCCGAUCAAAGCUGCAAGUGAUAUGCCGGGUGCAUCGACUGCUUUGUUUAUCCUGUCUUGUUAUUUAAGCUCCUUUCUCUACAGCACCCUGUAUACCUGUAUUGCCUUGCUGGGCUUGAUAAGUCUAGAUCGUUUCUUCAAGAUCAUGAUGCCUUACAGCAAAAUGUUCAGUAGCGUGACUUUUAGCAAAGUGGUGUCAGGAUUAGUGUGGGUGAGCGUUUUUGGAGGCUCAGCUUUACCAAACAUUAUCCUGAAUGACAAAUCAGUCGCCAACAUGACAGAGAUCAGCUCCUGCAUGGCACUAAAAGGAGAGGCAGGGUAUGCUGCUCAUGAAAAUACAGUAAUUUUCAUGAAUGUUUUUUUCUGGCUCAUCAGCAUGGUCAUCGCGGUUUGCUAUAUUUGCAUCACAAACAAAGUGAUCCAGUCUUUCAGAAACUCAGGCAGCAAUAACAACCAGGGAAAGCAGAAGAUCAAGCUACGCGUCUUUCUUGUUCUCAUCGUGUUUUUCGUGUCGUUCGGACCGUACCACGUCAUCAGGAUCCCGUACACUUUCCAACAAGUCAACUACUCAUCGACCACCAGCUGCUCUUAUCUGUUAGGAAAGUUUGGCAAGGAAAUCACCCUGUGGUUUGCCACCACGAACAUCUGCAUGAACCCACUUCUCUAUGUGUUUCUGUGCAGAGAGUUUAAGGAGGAACUGAGGUCUUUGAUGAAAAGUUUGUCUGUUUCAUUUCAUGUAGUCUUUGUGGGGAAAGCAGACAGCAAUAUACCUCCAACAAAGCUCUAA